CUGCCGUAGAGCUGUAUGUCCAUACGGCUCGAGGAGAUCAAGGAGGCCAUUCGCCGUGAGAUCCGCAAGGAGCUGAAGAUCAAAGAGGGCGCCGAGAAGCUGCGCGAGGUGGCCAAGGACCGGCGCUCCCGCAGCGAUGUGGCGGUGCUCGUGAAGAAGAGCAAGAGCAAAUUGGCGGAACUCAAGUCCGAGCUGCAGGAGCUGGAGAGUCAAAUACUCCUAACGUCCGCCAACACGGCCGUCAACAGCAAUGGACAAGCCGAAUACAUUUGUGCCAAUGUUAACAGUGUUCUGUGACAGACAACAGGGGAAUGUUAGCUUGAAACGCAGAGAGCUACUCUCUCACUCUCGCUCUCUGCCCCAUCAAUAGACUCAUUUCAGGACUGCCUUAUACUG